AUGGCGCCUCCCGCCGAAAUCUCCAUCCCCUCAACCAUCCUCUCGACCGGCGAAUCGAAACCCUACACCCUCUACAACAUCACCCUCCGCCUGCCCCUCAAAUCCUUCGUCGUUCAAAAGCGCUACUCCGACUUUGCAUCCCUCCACCAGACCCUCACCUCCCUCGUCGGCGCCGCGCCCCCCAACCCCCUCCCGGGCAAGUCCUGGUUCAAAUCCACAGUCUCCUCCCCAGACCUCACAGAACAACGCCGAAAGGGUCUCGAAGCCUACCUUCGAGCCAUCGCAGAGUCCCCCGACCGCCGCUGGCGCGACACCUCGGCCUGGCGCACCUUUCUCAACCUCCCUAGCACGGGCGUCGGCAGCACGGGCAACUCGGCUGCCAGCGCCCACGGCCUCAUCACCAGCGGUCGCGCGGGCGCCGCCGACCCGACGACCUGGCUCGAUCUGCACCGCGAGAUGAAGAGCUGCCUCCACGACGCGCGGAAUCAGCUCGCGAGAAGGGACGGCGCCGUGGAUAGUAACAACACCUCUGCUGCCGCCGAGGCCGGGGCCGCUGCCAAGAAGGCGCUGGUCAAGGCUAAUACGCUGGUGAGCACCCUCGCGGACGGGUUGAGGGCCAUGCAGGAGGGCGGACGGCUCGGCGACGGCGAAUUGCGGCGCAGGCGAGACCUGCUCUCCUCCGCUCGCGUCGAAAGGGAAGGGCUCGACAAACUCAGCAACAGCAUGGCGCAGGGAAGCAGCAGAAACGGUGGCGGCGGACCCGGCGGACGGGAAGGGUGGGCCUCGGCGGGCGACAAGGCUGCAUUACUCGGCAGAAGCGGCGGCGGCGGUGGGGCGAGGACGGGCGGACGGGUCCUGGGGGCCCCGCUGCCGGAGACGGAGCGGACGCGGGAGCUGGACAACAACGGGGUCGUGCAGCUACAGCGGCAGAUGAUGAGCGAGCAGGAUGAGCAGGUGAAUACCCUGGCGGCGAUUGUGCGGCGGCAAAAAGAGAUUGGGCUGCAGAUCAACGAGGAGGUGACGGAGCAGACCAAGAUGCUGGACCGGCUGAACGAGGACGCCGAUCGGGUCGGGGGCAAGAUUGAUGUCGCCAAGAAGCGUAUCAAGAAGUUUUGA